CGGACUCGGAGUUGGACUGUUGGACCUUAGAGCCACCAUUAAAACUGUAAUACUCAACCCAGAAAUUAUUAACUUCGUGAUUGUUCAGCUUUAUUUAAAAAAGACGAGGUUUUGGAUUCUGGGUAUUCUACUUUUCUUCUUUAAACCUCAAAAAUCUCAUCUGGGCAUCUCCCUGAUUACACUAUUUCUCGCUAUUUUUCACUUUCAAGCUCAAAAGACAACGUUUUAGGAUAUGGGUCUGCUACAUCAACAAAGACAAACAUUUAUGAAUCGUAAAGUUUAUAUGUUGCAGGAAUCAUUGAAAGCUCUUUACUUGGAAAGAGAAGGGUUUCGAGGGAGAAAGCUUGAAGCUUUGUUAGCAGAGAGGAACAGGAUACUUGCUCAUGUUACAUAGAGAGGUUAUUUUGGCUUAAAGUCUACUGCUUCUUCAUUAGAACAUUUGUUUACAUUAUUAUCUAUUUAAAUUGCUAAAAGUUAAGGGCCUUGUUUUUGGUUUUAUAAAAUCUAAGCAAAAAAGCAGAUUUGUAGUUAUGUUUGACAUGAAUGUUGCUUUUGUUUGGAACCGUACAAAAGUUGGAUUCACUGAUGAAAAUACUUGAAAUUCCACUCACUAACUCUCUCUCACUACUCUUAUGAAUAUUGCAGCCAUUUUGUGUAGUGAAAGAUCCCCAUACUAGAUAUGAGGUGUCAGCCAUUGAUUUUGUUCUUAUCAGCUUUCUCAUAUAAGAAUGUAGACUACUGUCAUUGUCCUCGUUCACUAUUUGUGCUUCUUGAUAUCCCAAAACAACCUCAAAGCCAUUUUCGUUUUGCACACAGUCAAUGCUCAUCUCAAUCUCAGUCUCAUCAUUUUCCCUUACAUUCGAGUUUGUUUUCCCUUGUUGAACCUAUAAUCUGUCAGAACCCGGCUGAGAUCUCAUCAUUUGCAGCUGUUUUCAAUUUCCUCACUGGUCGAAACUUGUUGAGAUUGGGCCGUCAAGUCCAUGCUCAAAUGACCCUAAGAUUGGUUGAGCCUAAUGCUUUCCUUGGAGCUAAGAUGAUUGCAACGUAUGCAAGUUCUGGUGAUCUUGAUUCUGCUGUUACUAUAUUCGAUCGUAUUAAUAACCCUUCUUUGCUUUUGUAUAAUUCGAUUAUUCGAGCUUAUAGUUUGUAUGGUUAUCCUCAUAAAACAAUUGGGAUUUAUACUCAAAUGCAAUCUCUAGGCCUACAAGGUGAUCAUUUUACUUACCCUUUUGUGCUGAAAUGUUGUGCUUCAAAUGUUUGGAUGGGGAAAUGUAUUCAUGGGAUAAGUUUGAGAAUUGGAUUGGAGAUAGACAUGUAUGUGGGAACUUCUUUGAUAGAUAUGUAUGUCAAGUGUGGCGAAAUUAGUGAAGCUCACAAGUUGUUCAAUGGAAUGAUAGUGAGAGACAUUUCAUCUUGGAAUGCACUAAUUGCAGGUUACAUGAAGAAUGGAGAGAUUUAUGUUGCAGAGGAUUUGUUUAAGAGAAUGGUCCGGAGGAAUAUUAUUUCUUGGACUGCUAUGAUUUCGGGGUACACUCAAAAUGGGCUUGCAGAGAGAGCAUUAGAUGUAUUUGAUAAGAUGAUGGAAGAAGAUUCAGAGGUGAAGCCUAAUUGGGUAACGAUAAUGAGUGUUCUUCCUGCGUGCGCACAUUCAGCAGCACUUGAACGUGGGAGGAAGAUUCACAAGUUUGCAAAUGAAAUCGGGUUGGGUUCUAAUGUCUCUGUGCAAACAGCUCUUGUUGCAAUGUAUGCUAAAUGUGGGAGUCUUGUUGAAGCUCACCAAUGUUUCGAUAAGAUACAUCAACAAAAAAGGAAUUUGAUUGCUUGGAAUACUAUGAUUACGGCUUAUGCUUCUCAUGGACAUGGUUUGGAGUCUGUAUCCACUUUCGAGGACAUGAUCAGAGUUGGGGUUCAACCCGAUACCAUCACAUUUACAGGAUUGUUAUCAGGAUGCAGUCAUUCUGGUCUUGUUGAUCUGGGUUUGAAAUACUUCUAUUGUAUGACGAAAUCAUAUUUUGUAGAGCCAGAAGUUCAGCAUUAUGCUUGUGUUGUCGAUCUUUUGGGUCGUGCAGGGCGAUUGGUUGAAGCAAACAAUCUUAUAAAUCAAAUGCCAAUGCAAGCAGGACCAAGCGUGUGGGGCGCCUUGUUAGCCGCUUGUAGGAAACACCGCAAUUUGGAAUUGGCCGAGGCUGCAGCUAAGAAGUUAUUUGUUCUUGAACCAGAUAACAGUGGCAAUUUUGUCUUGCUCUCCAAUAUGUAUGCUGAAGUUGGAAUGUGGAAAGAAGUGGACAAUCUGAGAGCUAUGCUAAAAAACCGAGGCAUGAGGAAGACUCCUGGAUGUAGCUGGAUCGAAAUCAAUGGGAAAGCACAUAUGUUUCUAGGUGGAGAUACUUCUCAUCCUCAGGCAAAGGAAAUUUACAUGUUCUUGAAAGAACUGCCUGAGAAAAUUAAGGGAGUUGGUUAUGUACCCGACACUAGUCUUGUUUUGCACGAUGUUAGCAAAGAGGAGAAAGAACAUAAUCUUAGCGCUCAUAGUGAAAAGCUCGCCAUUGCUUUUGGCCUUCUGAAUACUAGUCCUGGUGUUGUUCUUCGAGUAACCAAGAACCUUCGCAUUUGUGUUGAUUGUCACACGGCCACCAAGUUCAUUUCGAAAAUCUAUGGACGGGAGAUUAUUGUUAGAGAUGUGAACCGAUUCCAUCACUUUUUGGAUGGGAAGUGUUCUUGUGGAGAUUAUUGGUGAUUAAUGUUGUUGUGGAAAAUGGAUUUCCAAGCUUCACUGGUUUUGCCAAACAGAAGAUUGACCAACUCCAGUUCAGAUUGUAGAUUUCCGAGUUAAAGUGAUUUAGCCCCCACAGUACAUGAAUCUGAUGCUGCUGUCAUGAGAGAGGCUGCAAAGAAUUUUAUUUAAGACGAUGAUUUCGCUACUUUUGCCGACGCAUACAACAAUGAUGGAGUGUCAAAUCCACUAAGAGUGUUUUCAGAUUUGAUGUUGUUGAAAAGGUAUCACUUUAAUGUUCUGUUAUGAUUUUAGUUUAAGAUAGGGUAAAUAGCGGCAUAAAUACUCAAAGUUUCAAGUUUGUAAGCGGCAUAAACUCAAUGUUUAUUUUUAGCGGCAUAAGUACCCAAUGUUUGUAAAACUGUAAUUUUUCUCUAAUUUCAUCAGUACAGACUCUGUUAUUUUCUUAAACAGACUACAUAUAAAGUUCAAAUUUUAGAUCAUUGGGUCUAGACAAAAACAUGUAGUAUCAGUUACUUUUAAAUGUUCUUUUAAUAAAUUCAAAAGGGAGUCUGUACUAACAAAAUUGGAGGAAAAUUACAGUUUUACAAACAUUGAGUUUAUACCUCUUACAAACUUAAAACUUUAGGUACUUAUGCCACUAUUUACCUUUUAGAAUAUUA